GCCUCAGUCUCGGGCGGGGGCGCCCGCACUUCGGGGCGCUCCGACGGACUUCCGGGCCGGGCCUCGGGGCGGGAGGGGCUGUCCCGGCGGUCGCAGCCGAGUCGCCCGCUGUGCUAUGAGCAGUCAGAGCGCCGUCUCCACAAGAGUUUACAAAUGAAAAUGGAGGAAAUGUCUUUGUCUGGCCUGGAUAACAGCAAACUAGAGGCCAUCGCUCAGGAGAUAUACGCAGACCUGGUCGAGGAUUCGUGCCUGGGGUUCUGCUUUGAGGUGCACCGGGCCGUCAAGUGUGGCUACUUCUUCCUAGACGACACGGACCCAGACAGCAUGAAGGAUUUCGAGAUCGUGGACCAGCCGGGGCUGGACAUCUUUGGGCAGGUUUUCAACCAGUGGAAGAGCAAGGAGUGUGUCUGCCCAAACUGCAGCCGCAGCAUCGCCGCGUCUCGCUUUGCUCCGCACCUGGAGAAGUGCCUGGGCAUGGGGCGCAACAGCAGCCGCAUUGCCAACCGCCGGAUCGCCAACAGCAACAACAUGAACAAGUCAGAGAGCGACCAGGAGGACAACGAUGACAUCAAUGACAAUGACUGGUCUUACGGCUCGGAGAAGAAAGCCAAGAAGAGGAAAUCAGACAAGCUAUGGUAUCUCCCAUUCCAGAACCCCAAUUCCCCUCGAAGAUCCAAGUCUUUAAAACACAAAAAUGGGUUCUCUGUCUGUACCUCUGCAUCAAACACCCUUCCCCUUCUUUUUUCUUCUUCAGGGGAACUUAGCAAUUCGGAUCCUUUUAAGUACAGCCACUCAACGGGGAUCAGCUACGAGACGCUGGGGCCCGAGGAGCUUCGGAGCCUGCUCACCACGCAAUGUGGGGUGAUUUCGGAACACACCAAGAAGAUGUGCACAAGGUCCCUGCGCUGUCCCCAGCACACAGACGAGCAGAGGCGUACUGUGCGGAUUUACUUUCUCGGGCCCUCGGCUGUCCUCCCAGAGGUGGACAGCGCGCUGGACGACGGUGGCUUCGACAUGGCCGACAGCCAGGCGCUCCUCAGCCGUCUGCAGUGGGAUGGCUCCUCCGACCUCUCGCCCUCAGACUCGGGCUCCUCCAAGACCAGUGAAAACCAGGGCUGGGGCCUAGGCACCAACAGCUCCGAGUCCCGGAAAACCAAGAAGAAGAAGUCGCACCUGAGCCUGGUGGGGGCCACGUCCGCCCUGGGCUCCAGCAAGAAGAAGAAGCCAAAGCCCCCGGCACCCCCUACGCCCAGCAUCUACGAUGACAUCAACUGAUGGCAGGCACAGGGAUGGCCUUUGGCUGAGCAGAGCCUCUGACCCUCGCCGGCGGCACUGCCUGGCACACGGACGCUGCUGGGGUCCAGGCUCGGCGAGCACGGGGGACCAGGCAGGUGGAGGGUCCGCGUGCGUGCCCCUGGGGCCGCCGGGGUCCUCUGCAGUGGAGCCAGCCUCGGCGUGCAGGCCUCAGACCUGGACACGAUCGCCUUGGACACAGUUUGGUGGGAGGCGGUUUUCCUAUUUAUUCUGUGAGUUACUGGAUGUCCGGCCGGGCCGGGGCCUGGCCUGGCCACUGCCCCGAGCUGCCUGCCCCGCCCCAGGAACUGGACCUCACCCCUCGGAGGCCCAAGGCAAUGUGAAGGGGUCUGGGCUGGCCAAGGCGGGCCGGGCACAGAGCCGCGCUGCCCGUCUGGUGGGCACCAGUGGCCGGAUGCCGGGUGGUGCCCAGAACUGCACUGCCUCCCUGCCCCACGGCAGCCCCUCCAUUCCCGAGGGUUCCUGGGCAGCCGCAGCUGUCCCUUGUCGUCGGGUGCCAGGAGAGGGCCGCAGCCUCGAAGCUUCAAGGAGCGGAAAGGGGAGGGCGGGGAGGGGUGGGCUGUCACCCGGACCCUGCCCUCCCUCCAGACCCGACCCUGCGGCGGUGAGGAGGGGCCGCGGUGAGGGACCGGUGCUGCUUUAUUUGAAAUGUUUUCUUACCUCAUUCCCUGCCCCGGGAAGGGCGCAGCCUCGCCCUCCUGGGGUGGCCCCAUGUCCCCUGUGCCCACCCUGCCCCUGCCCUGGGGCAGCUCAGCCCCAAGCUGCUGCUUGCCACCUUCCCCUGGACCACUCGUCCUGCUCUGUCCCAGCCUCCAAGCUGCCCUGUCCCCUCCUGCGCCGCUUUUAAGUUAUUUAUUCUGUACUUGUGGUUUGGGGCUUCGAGGAAAAUCCUUACCUUGUGCCUCUCCCCGUGCUAGGAGUGGAUGGGAGUGGGGUGGCUCUGCGCCCCGGGCCGAUGGAGGGAAGGGUGGUGUCACUCCAUGGGAUGUCAUGCCAGUGUGCCCACCGGCCUGCUCUACAUCCAGAGAGAUGUACAGCUCCUCACGGGCACCGUGCGCCAGGACAGGUGCCCAUCUGGGCCGGAGCUGCCCUGUCCCGUCCCCUGGUAUGCGCUGGGUGUGUCCCACGAUGGAGUGGCUGGUCCCCAGGCCUGCUCGGACUGACUUGGGUUAGGGACCCUAGAGGGUCGUGGGAACAACUGGGCAGGGCUGUGGGACCCCGUCUGGAGCCCCAGUUUCCCCCUGGGGUGCUUCUGAUUGUGGCUGAUGCCUGGUUACAAACUGGUUUUUAACCCAAGCACUGUCAUUAUUUUUUAAAAAGUCAAAACGGUUUUGGCAGGAGGUAGAAUAAAUCCUGGGACCUGGGCGCCUCUCUUCUCGGCCCUCGCAGCCGCCUCCCUCUAGGGGCCACCCGGUCAGGAGUGGGCUGGAGGCCAGGGGCACAAAGCUGGGAACUCCCCCCCCCCCCAUGGCCUGGCCUCCCUGUGGGUGAGGAGGGAGCAGGACGCAGUCUGGGAAGGGUCUGUACACGCGCUUCCCCGGGUCCCGGCCAGCUGGUUCUGCACCCUUCCUGGCUGGGUGAGGAGGCAGCAGACCCCUGUCCCAGCGCAGAGCCCCCUCCUCCCAAGGGCAGGCUGGGUCCUGGCCAGUGCUGCUGCCCUGUGUCUGAGAGGGGUCUGUACUAAUCCCACGGCCGGUGGCUUCCCUUCCAUGCACCGCUCCCUCCUCCGCAUGCCCAGGGCCACCCGCCUGGCAUCACCGCAUGCUGGGGUCAUUGGGGGAGGGGGGGGGCUUACGCUGUCCUGUGGUCUUGAGAUUUUUAUUUUUGCAUAUAAUCCAUCCUGUACAGGUAGCUAACUUUGUAACCGCUGUGUACCCUCUGCCCUGGCUGCUGGUGUAAAUAAACUGCAUCUCCCAUUGGUA